GAGACAACACAGACUAUUAUCGAUUUCAAAAAAACAACACACCCCACAUCCAAUAAACCCUUCGCUGGCCCUAAAACAAAAGAAAACCCUUUUUUUCUUCUUCUUCUAGUACUCUCUCUCUCUCUCUCACUUUCUCUUCUCUCUCUCCCAAAAAAAAACACAGGAAAAAAAACUGUAAGCACAAAAUUAACUAGAAUCACCGAAAAAUUAGCCAUAAAAACCCCUAAAAACCAGGGUUUAUAUAACAAAUUUGACGUGUUCUCUGAAUCUCUGAUUUUUUUCUUUGUUGAUCGGACGAGCUGUUCGAUCAAGCUGUCAGAGCGUGUUGGAGAAGACGAGAUUAGGGUGAAUUUUCUGAUCCAGGGGAUGCGCUUUAAUUGAUCGGUUCUUCAAAUAAUCUUACAAUCAUGGUUGCUUCGGCCGCUGCUUCGGCGUUCUUUCCUGUUGUUGCUGCUUCUACACAAACUAAUGCAAAGACAACAACAAUGAUGUUGGGAGGAGGAACAGAUAAUUUAGACACUCGAGGAAUUAAUUCGUCGAAAUCCACCUCUUCAGGAGGUUUGAAGGUUAAGGUUAAUGCACAAGCUCCUCCAAAGAUUAAUGGUUAUACUGCACCAGCAGAGAUUGUGAAAAGUGGAGAAGAAACUUCAUCACCACCAGCAAGGACAUUCAUCAAUCAAUUGCCUGAUUGGAGUGUUCUUUUAACUGCUAUCACUGCUAUGUUCUUGGCUGCUGAAAAACAAUGGACUCUUCUUGAUUGGAAACCUAGACGAGACGAUAUGCUUGUUGAUCCGUUUGGUUUGGGGAAAAUUGUUCAGGAUGGACUUGUUUACAGACAGAAUUUCUCAAUUAGAUCUUAUGAGAUAGGGGCGGAUCGGACGGCGUCUAUAGAAACGUUAAUGAAUCAUUUACAGGAAACGGCCCUUAACCAUGUUAAGACUGCCGGACUGUUAGGUGAUGGGUUUGGUUCGACGCCUGAAAUGUCCAGAAGAAAUCUUCUUUGGGUGGUAUCUAAGAUGCAGGUUCUUGUUGAUCGUUAUCCUUCUUGGGGUGAUGUUGUUCAAGUAGAUACUUGGGUUUCUGCAUGUGGGAAAAAUUGUAUGCGUCGGAAUUGGCUUCUUCGUGACUCUAAUACUGGUGAAACUCUCACACGAGCUACCAGUAAGUGGGUGAUGAUGCAUAAAGAGACAAGGAGAUUGUCUAAAAUGCCGGAUGAAGUAAGAGGUGAAAUAGAGCCUUAUUUCAUGGACUGUGAUCCUAUCCUCGAGGAGGAUAGCAGGAAACUUCCGAAGCUUGAUGAUGACACGGCUGAUUUCGUUCAAGCUGGUUUAACUCCGCGCUGGAGUGACCUGGAUGUGAACCAGCAUGUAAACAAUGUCAAGUACAUUGGUUGGAUUCUCGAGAGCGCUCCUCCAACAAUAUUGGAGAGUCACCAGCUGUAUGGCAUGACUCUUGAGUACAGGAAGGAGUGUGGGAAGGAUAGUGUGCUGAAGUCCUUGACAUCCGUAUCUGGUGAUGCCAGUGCUGGCAGCUCCUUUUUGGAUGUCGGUGAUGUUGAGUGUUCCCACAUGCUUCGACUCGAGAGCGGCGAUGAGGUUGUUGUUAAGGGAAGAACUGAGUGGAGGCCCAAGCCGGUGAACAAUUUUGGUGCUCCAGGCCAGAUUCCGCAGAGCUUGUAGGUAGCAGCAGUGGUAACUCUACUACUGCCAUACUACUACUCUGCUAGCUCUUCGAAGCUUUCAUCUCGGCCUUGCUCUCUGCAGCUGCAAACAUCGUAUUGCUAUAUCUCAAAAUUGCUUGUGUAGAAAUCAUGUAUGCCUCAGAUAUGUCUUUAUUUAUUUUUUUGUUCCUUUCUUUUCUAUAUGUUUUUACAGUUUCUCUCUUGUUCUCUUUCUUUUUUGUCCCCCAACAUAAAAUUGGAAGCCUGUGUAAUUAGCGUGUGCUGUGUAUUUACAUUCUCUAUGGGAUGACAACAUGGUUUAUUUUGCUCAUACGAUUGAGGAGAGCAAGGUAGAGAAGAUUGAGAGAACACAUAAGAUGGAAAGGAAUAGAGAGAGUGGGCUAGACAACUCACUUCUAAACUUCCAAAUUAUUUAUUUAUUUAUUUUUCGGUCCCUUUUGCUAGGGUUUUUCAAUGUGAA